AUGUCCUCCAGCCAGACUUCUGAGCACGCCUUCGAUAUGUUCACCGACAGCACCUACUUCGACGAGGACACCCUCCUCUCUGCCGACGUCCCCCUCCCUUCGAUUGAGUGCACCGAAGACCUCUCAGCUGACCUCUUCGACUCGGCUUUUGAAAUCGGUUUCGACAAUGAAAGCCUCCACUCUGAUAUGUCUGUUUGGCCUGUCGAUGGUCUAUUGGAGUGUAGUGACGACCUCACCUCCUCACCCUCUAGGGUCGCUGACUUGGUACCGAAUUCCUCCUCUCCCACCUCUUCAGGCACCAUUGAGAAUCUGUGGAGGCCCUUGAUAGUAUCAGAUACUAUCAAUGUUGCAUUUCCGGAUACUCCAACUCCCUCCCGUGCUCCCGCCAAGCAUCGUGCGCCUAAGGCGAAGACCUCGAUGGCCGUCAAGACAACACAGAAGCCUAGUGUUACCAAAGCUAAGAAGAUCACAAAGCCUGGGAAAGCUCACAAACGCACCGUUUCAGCGCCCUCCAGUGAACCUCGUAGUGUGCAAACACUCUACACCCUACCCUGGUCACAUCUUUCCCAAGAAGAGAAAGGCCUUCUCCUCCUCCCUCUUCUUCAAGGAAUCGACCCAAACACGGGUGAGAAGAUCGGUGAAGCUGGUAGCCUCCUUCCUCCGCCCUCUUUCGAGAUGGUCACGGACGAUGUCUUCGGCACCGGCGAUGAUGGCACCAAUUUCAUGGACAACCCUUCUCCGCUGUCGACUUCAAGUUCAGCUGCAACCACCACAGUCGACCUCACUGGCGACGAUCUCGACCUCUCCGACAAAGAUAUCGCUAUGUUCCGCGCCUGCCAAGCUUUUAACAUCCAGCACGAAGCGCAGAAGAAGAUCGCCCUCCCCACCCUUUCAGACUUCAACUUCGACAUGCCUGACUUCGAGUUCGACGAAACCAACUGGGACAUCUUCGAUAACUUUAUGGCUGCUACCCAGGGAAUUGGUGGCCCCACUAGUAGUGAUGUCAUUGGCAACUCAAUCCGGAAGGUUACGACUGUCAAUGACGACGGCAAUACCGGCCGGGCCUCAAACCUACCUGAGAUGACGAGCACUGGGCUUGGUCAGAUGCCGGUUCCUUCUGGUGACUAUGGACGGAAGCGCCAGCAAGAAGCUCUUGGACGCAACGCCAUGCUUCGCGCUGCUGGUCGUCGUCGCUAG